AUGCCUGUGCAAACCAGCCCACCGUCACUCCCGGACUCGUUCCCGUCCUUGAUGUCGGUAUUCGGUGGAAUCUCGCCCAAAUUCGCCGAGGGUGAGGAGCAUAGCGCAGUACUCAAACCUCUCAGAGUUCCUCCACAUGUUACCGUCAAUACAUCUCGGCGUCCACUUCCCUUUCGGCACCGGACGAGUAUCUCGUCCGUGACUUCGGGAUCCACAGAUUCAUCUCCUACUACCACUAUCUCUACGUUCGACUCGCCAUUGGCCGCAGACACCACUCCCAGCUCUUCACCCGAAUCUCCAUCGGCGAUGCCAUUGUCGUUUCCCAAAUUUAUGCCACCCUCGCGCAAUAUUGAACAUCAAUCACUCUCGGGAGAGCCAAGUACCAUGUCGAAACCCUCGCAGGAUGUACUAAGCCGAGCGCGUCCGGAUUCUCCAGGUCGGCGGGCGCGCAAUCUCAAGAAUCUUUCCUUGAGAAUGCCUCCGCCGUCGCAAUCGGCGCGACCAGCUAUCGCAACAGCCUCGGUAGUUGAGACAGCCUCCCAGCGCAAUCUUUCCGCCCCACCCUCCCCCGCGCAUAUCCCUCCCAGAAGCAGUCGACGAAAGCCUGCAAAUCUCACUAUCCAAACUCCUGGAUUUGACAGAUCCUUCUCCAGCAAUGUCAUGGAAAUGGUCCCACCAACACCUGGUGGCCUCCAUUCCUUGAGACACACAGAGUCUUCGCCUUCUCUGACAUCAGUGUUCUCGCCGUCUUUUGGUCCCAAGGGGGGCAUGCAAUUGCCGCGACCAGUGACGCACCAUGGGAGCCGACGUCCGUCAGGAGCUUCGGAACAUAAUCUCUCGCCCCUUCAAUCGGCCGUCGAAGAGGGCUCACCUGCGGGUGGAGUCCUGCAUGAACUGGAGGAAGAAGAGGACCAUCUGGACUCGAGAGAGUCAACCCGGCGAAACGAGCGCGGCUAUCCGAAUGGUCCUGUGCAAAUAUACGAUUCCGGAGUCUAUCUUUAUUUGGAGCCGACGAUGCAAGAGGCUGCUCAAUUCGAUGUUGUUGUGAACGUUGCGAAGGAAGUUGCAAACCCAUUCGCUAUUGCCCGAGGGAAUAAUGGAACGGUGAUGAGCGCUUGGCGAAGUGCCUCAGCCGGCGCCAAACGCUCAUCGACUGCGGAGCCGCCGACUGCGGUCUCGGAAGUUUCUUUCAAGUCUGCCUUGGAGUACCCCCCAUCCGAGACUGAGUCUCCGGUCACGCCCUGCAGUGACUCUUCCCGGCCGGAAUAUAUCCACGUAGGCUGGGACCACAAUUCCGAGAUUUUGGACGACUUAUACCCACUGUGCGAGUUGAUCGAUUCCCGUGUUUCUGAGGGGAAGAAGGUCCUCAUUCACUGUCAACUGGGCGCUAGCCGAUCCGCCUCUCUAGUGAUUGCCUAUGGCCUUUACAAAAACCGGCACCUGGACUUUAAUUCCAUGUACGAAAUCGUGAAGGGACGGAGUCGCUGGGUUGGGCCCAACAUGAGUCUCAUCUAUCAAUUGACCGAUUUUCGCUCCAGGCUGCAGCAGCAGAGAGGUGCGUCCAAGCCUGCGCCGGAGGAAUGGUUUGUGAAUGGACCCCGAAGAGGCUCUGAACCCCAGCCUUCGAGAUCUGGAAGGACAACAGAAGCGAGUCUCACUCCUCCAGGCGGUAGUAGCUGCAACUCAGGCUACUCUAGGCUCGCAACCCCAGCCAGCUUGUCACAAACAUCCUCGGGUACUCUCUCUGUGCCCUCGACAGAGCGAUCCACGCCCCCGUCAGUCAGCCCCUGGAGGAUCCCCAAGUCUCUGUCUCACAAGCGAAGCUUGUCUCCUCGUCCUUUACCCCUUCGUCAGCGAUUCGAAACGGCACAGACGGCUGCAAAGGAUGUUGGGACGCGUUCUCUGGCACCGGCAGAUUCCUUUGAAAAAGACACUGUCGAGGAUCCGCUGGGCUUGUUUUCUCCACGGACGAGCCAAUUCCUGGCGCCGUCUCUUGCUCCUCCAUUCCCAGAUGGGCUGGAAGAUCGCCUUCCUGGCGGUCCUCCUUUUCGGACACAGACGGCAGACCCUCGGUCUCCCCCUCCUGGCAACGAGCGACUUAUAAUGAGGAAUAUUGAUGAAUUUUUAUAA